UAAAGAUUUAUACCACUUAUACUUCUCUAGUUUUAUUGAGAAUUAAAUAAAUAUUGUAUUUCUUGCAUGAAAAAAGAGCGCGAAUUUUGACACCUGUAGCUGCCACAUCAGAUCUUAUGUUGCCAGAUAGUCCCAAAAUUCAUUAGACAUAUAUACCUUUUAUUUUAAUUUUAUGGUCUUUUAUUUACCGGAUUGGAAUAAUACUACUUUAAACUUGGAGAGUAAAUUAUGAGUACGAGUAUGCACUUAAAUUUACUUAAAAUAAUGUUUAAAAUGCGAUAAAAAUGAUAUUCUUAUUUUUAAUACCCCUAAAGUUUUUAAGAAACAUGACAACUCAGCUUAUGAGUGGGGGUUUGUUUUUAAUUUUGAACUGAGGUUAUUUUACUUUUUGUCUAUUUUAUUAAUUGAUUUUAUAUUAGUAUUAUAACUAAUUAAAUAGCUUUUUAACCGUCCACAAACUAAUUCUAUUACGCUACUUUAUAAAAUAUGGUAAGAGUUACAAGAUCCUCAAGGAAAAUUUCAGAAAAUAAGGAAGAUGAAAACUCACACGUAUUGAUGAGUUCAGACAGUGAAAAUGACGAUGAAAAUGUAUCAGAGAAAUCGAGUAAGUCUCGUAGUACUACCAGAAACCAAAAGACAAAAGCCAGAAACACGGAACUUCAUCUUCUAAGCCCUGUAACUCCACCAAAACAGAAAAAAGGUAGUGCCAUAGACGGAACAGUUACCCCCAGUAGUUUACUAAGGAAGCUCUCGUUAAUAAGCCCUAAGAAGUCUACGAGAGCAAAAGUAAGGGCUUCUUUAUUCAAGAAUAGUGUUCAAGACACUGUUGAUGCAAAGACAACAAAGAAACCCCAAAGAACUAACGUUUCAGAAGAUAUUAAAGAUGGUAGCAGCUCAGAUUCAUCCGAGGCUGAGAAUUGCAAGAAAUUAAAUCAUUACCAGAGUGCUAGAAAGGCACUUAACAGUAAUUUCCCAACGGAUUUGCCAGGACGUGAAAAUGAAAUACAGAAACUGACUGAUUUCAUUUUCGAUCAUUUAAAUAAUGGCACUUCAGGGUCUGUGUAUAUUAGUGGGCCCCCUGGUACUGGAAAGACUGCAUCUUUAAAUCUGAUAUUGCAACAAACUGAGAUUGCUUUAAAAGUUCAGAAGAUUUAUAUUAAUUGUACUGCCAUUAAAUCAGCCACAGCUGUUUAUUCAAGACUAGCCAAAGAAUUAAAUUUGAAAUCAGUAGGAAAAUCAGAAAAAGAAAAUUUGUGUGCUGUCGAAAAAUAUUUGCAGAAGAAACAUAAGACAGUGCUACUAGUUCUUGAUGAAAUUGAUCAACUCGAAACAAAGAAUCACUCAAUUCUAUACACUAUCUUUGAGUGGCCUUCCAAACCCAAUUCGAAGCUUAUUCUUAUCGGUAUUGCCAAUGCUUUAGAUCUAACAGAUCGUACUUUACCAAGACUUCAAGCACGCUGUGAAUUGAAACCAGAAUUGUUACAUUUUGCACCAUAUACCAAAGAGCAGAUAAUCAAAAUAUUUACUUCCAGACUCGAAGCAGCUGGUGUCUUGAGUGUCUUUACUCCAAUUGCUCUUCAGAUGCUUGCAGCUAAGGUUGCUUCAGUUUCUGGAGAUGUUAGAAGAGCUCUGGAUAGAAGAAGGGUUGUUGAAUUGUUAGAUCAAAAAGAAAGUGGAGAUGUGUUGAAGUCUGUUGAGAAUUUUACUGAUAAUUUGGUGAAGGAAGAUAAAAAAAUUAUGGAAGAGACUAAAACAAAAUCUGUGAACUUAAAGGAGGUUGUUAGUGUUUUGAAUAAUGUUUAUGGUACAACACAGAAUCUUAAUGAUGACAGUGAAGAAACAUUCCCUUUACAACAAAAAAUAGUGAUCUGUUCUUUGCUUUUAAUGCUGAAAAAAGCAAAAAACAAAGACAUAACUGUGGGUAAAUUACACGAAGUGUACUCGAGAGUUUGUUCAAAGCAGAAUUUGAUGGCUGUCGAUCAAGCUGAGUUUUUUAGUCUAUGUUCUCUAAUCGAAACCAAAGGUAUUAUAAAAGUUAGCGGUAGAAAAGAACCGAGAAUGCAUAAAGUGAAUUUGGAAUGGAACGAGACUGAAGUAGCGGAAGCACUGAAAGAUAAACAGCUGAUGUCUGUUAUAUUACAAGAUGAAAGUUGUCUAGGGAAAAGGUAGUAUUUUUAUGAAUUUUAAUUUAAUUUUUUUAAUGUACUGACGAUAGUAUAUAUGUUAUACAUUUUAUUUGAUGUAAUUUAUUUUAUUUUAAAUAUAAUGACAGAAAAUUU